GUUAUUAGAUUAGAUUCUUUUUGACUCUCCAUUUCCCUCUAAAGCCUACCCUCACAGCUUUUGCAGCGUUCGUUGGCGGAUUAGAAGGGGCAAAGCGAACCCUAGAAGGUGCUUCUGCUUCUGCUUCUGCUUCUGCUUCACCUUGGAGUAAUCGCGGAUCAGAGGAGCUUCAGCCAUGGAAGCACCUAGCUUGACUUCCUUUUGGGGCUUUUUCUGUCUUUCGCUAGCCCUAGCCAUAGCUCAGCUCGUUUCUGCCAAUUCCGAAGGAGACGCACUUUACACCCUCCGGCGGAGCUUAUCGGAUCCCGAUAACGUGCUUCAGAGCUGGGAUCCCACUCUUGUUAACCCUUGCACCUGGUUCCAUGUCACCUGCAACCAGGAUGGUCGGGUCACUCGAGUGGAUCUUGGUAACUCGAACCUAUCUGGACAUCUGGUACCUGAACUUGGGAACUUAGAGCAUCUACAGUAUCUUGAGCUGUACAAAAAUAACAUUCAAGGAACUAUUCCAGAGCUUGGAAGCCUCAAGAGUCUCAUUAGCUUGGACCUUUAUAACAACAACAUAUCAGGGACAAUUCCUCCUUCAUUGGGGAAGUUGAAGAGCCUCGUCUUUUUACGUCUUAAUGACAACAGAUUGACUGGCCCAAUCCCUAGGGAACUUGCUGCUGUUUCGAGCCUUAAAGUAGUGGAUGUCUCCAACAAUGAUCUGUGCGGAACAAUUCCUACAACCGGACCAUUUGAGCAUAUUCCAUUGUCAAACUUUGCAAAUAACCCUCGGUUGGAAGGCCCGGAGUUGCUGGGACUUGCAAGUUAUGACACAAACUGCUCGUGAAUAGAAGAAUGUCAGGAGAUCUUAAUCUGCAUCGAAUUAUGUAGUUAUGUAUUCAAAAAUCGAAAGUAUUACCUCAUAGAGUAAUGGGCAUGGGCAAUGGUAUAUGUAAUGGGUAGUGUGUGUAAAUUUUACAAACUUAAGUAUAUGGGCAUUGUAACUAUUGCGGUGAUCUUCUAAUGAUGUCGAAGACAGAUUUGUGUUGGUGUAACACUAGAAAAUGAAUCCUCAUGUACUUGUCACUGAUCAAACCUAUAACUCUUAAAUGGCAAUAUAUCUCCAAUAUUUUUAGGGCCUGCUGGAAGCGUUCACACUGUAUUGUGAUAUGAUGAUAUUGAACAUUUGUUUUUGUUA